CUUUUAAAAAGCUGUACAACAUGGCAGCAUGAACAAAGGAACACCGCGAAACCAACCGCCAAUGCUGCCAGAAAUCCCACCUUCGCCACCUCCUAACCACCGCUGACUGACUUCACGGCCUAACGAGCUAAACUCUGCCAUUCCAACAUGGCCCAAAACCUCAAACUCAAGGUCUUCACAUGCCUCACAAAGCUCGGUGAUCGCGAUACAUACUCCAUUGCUACCUCCGAGCUGGACUCCAUUGUUGCUUCUUUGGACUCUUCAACUCUUCCCACCUUCGUCUCAUGUAUACUCUCUACUGACACCACCGACAAACCUGCCAUCCGCAAGCACUGUCUUCUUCUCCUUGCCGAUAUUUCCAUCUCUCAUACGCAAUCUCUCUCUCCCUUCCUUCCCAAGAUCCUAGCCCAUCUCACUCGGCGUCUUCGGGACUCCGACUCCUCCGUCCGAUCACAAUGCAUUUCCACAGUUUCUGCAUUAACCGCCAAUGUGACCAGAGCUCCAUUUUCUUCGGCCUUCUUGAGGCCCUUAAGCGACGCGCUCUUCACGGAGCAGGAUCGCAACGCCCAGAUCGGAUCUGCUCUGUGUCUCGCUGCUGCGAUCGAUGCGGCUCCAGAUCCUGAUCCCGGCAGGCUCGGGCGGGCAUUGAUGCCGAAGCUGGAGAGAUUGCUGAAGAACGAGGGGUUUAGGGCAAAGAGUGCGGUGCUUGUUGUCGUCGGGAGUGUGAUAGGGGCGGGUGCGUUGUCGGGGCGGGGCGUUGAGGGGUUAAGAAGUUUGGUGCAGUGUCUACUGGGUUUUUUGAGCAGCGAGGAUUGGGCGGCGAGAAAAGCUGCGGCAGAGGGACUGGAAAGGUUGGCCAUUGUGGAGACUGACGCCUUGCCUGAGUUUAAGGCCGGAUGCUUGAAAGCCUUUGAGAAUCGGAAAUUCGAUAAGGUGAAGGCUGUUAGAGAGGUUAUGAAUCAAAUGAUUGAGGCGUGGAAGAAGGUCCCUGAUGUUUCAGAGGAGGCAUCACCGCCACCUCAAUCACAGGCUUCUUCCAGGGAGGAUGCUAUUGAUGGGCGCUACCCACCUGGAUCCAAGAAUUCUAUUGCUGCUCGUUCUGAAGCUCAUCGAAUGAGGAAGAAGACAAGUCCUGCUAGCAGGUCAACUCCACCUGCUAGUUCAUCGGCAACUGUUGCGGGGAAGAAAAAUCCUUCAAAUAGCAGUCUAAAGAAAACAGGUCCGGCCAUAUUCCAGAAGCUAGACUGUAAGAAGGCUUCAGACUGUAAUGUUGGAAUCACUGUUCCAAUUGCUGCCUCUUCAAUUGAAGGUUGUGAUGAUACUCAUAAGAUGAAAGAGGAGCAGGGAAGCGGCAAAACUAGGUUCGGAGUUCUGGAGACAAGGCGAGCCCUUUUUAAUAAGAGUUCUGAUGAAAACACACACAAAUUUAGUGCAUCUCGUGUGGCUCCAUGCCAUGAGGAGAGUCCAGAAUCUAAUGUUCUGAAUAGAGAUACUGAAAAUCACAAUAACAAUCACAAAGAGUCUGAGGAUUUAUCUCUGAUAAGCAAGCAACUUGUUCAGAUUGAAAAGCAACAAUCUAGUCUGUUAGAUCUUCUCCAGAGAUUCAUUGGCAGCUCACAAACUAGUAUACAUACUCUCGAGACACGUGUGCAUGGCCUGGAGCUGGCUCUGGAUGAGAUCUCGUAUGACUUAGCAGUAAAAAAUGGAAGAAUGACUAAUGCUGGCUCUCAUGGAACCACAUGUUGUCUUCUCCCUGGCGCUGAGUUUUUGAGCUCCAAGUUCUGGAGGAGAACAGAAGACCGACAGAUGACCUCUAAGUUUUCUACUUCCAAUGGUAUCCCAUCGGCCACCAUGCGUAGCAGAGGUUAUAAAAGUGGCACUGCUGGAACAUCUAAGCUCGACCACCAUAGGUUGCAGCUUCAGGGAGGUGGUGGAUUCAUAGUGAAUCCGUUGGCUGAGAUUCAAGGUGCAACUCAGAGAUUUUGAAUCACUAGCAACAGAAGCAGUAUCAACAUCCAAAAUUUGGUACAGCUCAUCUCUUCAGAUUGUGGGUGCUAUGGAGACGCUUAGAUUUGCUGGAUGGUGAAGAAAACGGAUAUAUAUGAUUGAGGGGACGUGGUAACAGUCCCUUCAUGGAAUUUCAUAUCGCCUACCAUGGAAUGCCUUGUAGCAAAUAGCAGGUUGUUCCAGCAUUUCUCAUCCACUAUUGAAAACAGUCGCGCUUUCUAUAGAGACCAAAUGAAGCAAAUUCAACAUUUUCAGUUUACCAUUCUUUUUCCCUAUACUUACAAGCUCUCAUGACCCCUCGGAGUGCGUGUGCAUUGCUAAAUACUGGAAGAUCAUAUGGUUCGGAUGUGUAUACCGGUACGAGAGUAAUUUUCUUUGUGCGUGCUUAGUUUUCACUCAAUACAAAUUUCCAAAAUGAUACAUGGGGAUGAAGAAGUGGUUAUGAAGAGCAUGAAGAUGUUAUCUGAAAUUUUAUUUUGAAAUAUCAUAUGAUAGUGCCUCGUGGUUGGUAGGCAUGUUGUGCUGUG